AUAUCUAACAAAAAAUCAACUGUAAUCAAGAUCAUAACAUCAUGAUUACUGCAUAAAGAUGUCAGUAUAAAGUGAACUAACAGACACCAGUGACCUAGCUGUCGAAGUUAGGUCUUCGUAAAGGGGCUGAGGAGAGAUUCAGCAUGGCGGAUGUUGAUCCUGAGACUUUGCUAGAAUGGCUGCAGAUGGGCCAGGGAGACGAGAGGGACAUGCAGUUGAUUGCCCUUGAACAGCUCUGUAUGUUGCUGCUCAUGUCUGACAAUGUGGAUAGGUGCUUUGAAAGUUGCCCUCCACGGACGUUCCUGCCAGCCCUCUGUCGUAUCUUCCUGGACGAGUGUGCACCUGACAAUGUCCUGGAGGUUACUGCCCGGGCCAUCACGUACUACCUGGAUGUAUCAGCUGAGUGCACUCGCCGCAUUGUGGCUGUGGAUGGCGCCAUCAAGGCUAUCUGUAAUAGGCUUGUCAUCGCUGAGAUGUCCUCAAGAACAAGCAGGGAUCUUAGUGAGCAGUGUAUCAAGGUGCUGGAACUGAUAUGUACAAGAGAAUCUGGAUCAGUAUUUGAAUCAUCCGGUCUGAACUGUGUGCUGACCUUCAUCAAGGAACAUGGAACCCAGAUCCACAAAGACACUCUCCACUCGGCCAUGUCAGUCGUGUCCCGUCUCUGUGGAAAGAUGGAGCCACAGGACGCUGCUUUGGAAUCCUGUAUCGAGUCACUCUCAACACUUCUGAAGCAUGAAGAUCAGUUUGUUGCUGAUGGUGCUCUACGGUGCUUCGCAUCCCUUGCAGAUCGUUUCACGAGACGUAGCGUUGAACCUGCUCCCCUUGCAAAGCAUGGCCUGGUUGCGGACCUACUGCAGCGAUUGGCUGCAAGUGGUGUCGCCGGACCUGGUAUCUCCUCUACGCCAGGAGGAGCUGCCGCUACCCCUGAAAUCAAGAGCAGUCCUAGUAUUUCGACUGUGAUUAGUCUGCUCUCUACAUUGUGCCGUGGAUCGCCAGGAGUGACAACCGACCUCCUCAGAUCAGAGUUGCCCGAUUCCAUUGAAAGUGCGCUGCGAGGAGAUGAGAGAUGUGUUUUGGAUACAAUGCGUUUGGUCGAUUUGUUACUCGUUCUCCUAUUUGAGGGACGCAAGGCACUACCAAAGUCCGGCGUGGGUACGCUCUGUAGCCGUAUACCUGGCUUGAGGCGUAUGGACAGUGCUGGCGAGAGAUCUCACCGCCAAUUGAUUGAUUGUAUCCGGAGCAAGGAUACCGAUGCUGUGAUAGAUGCUGUGGAUACUGGAAGUUUUGAAGUGAACUUCAUGGAUGACGUUGGACAGACUUUACUCAACUGGGCUUCAGCUUUUGGAACUCAAGAAAUGGUUGAGUUUUUAUGUGAAAGAGGUGCUGAUGUCAAUAGAGGCCUGAGGUCGUCAUCACUUCACUAUGCUGCUUGUUUCGGCAGGCCACAGAUAGUGAAAACGCUGCUGAGACAUGGUGCCAACCCCGAUUUACGUGAUGAAGAUGGCAAAACACCGUUAGAUAAAGCUAGGGAGAGAGGAGAUGAAGGUCAUAGGGAGGUCAUACAGAUAUUGCAGUCUCCAGGAGAAUGGAUGGUGCCAGCAGCCAGUCGUGAAGGCACAGCACUCUCCAGCGUCAUCUCAACUGCAUCUGGUACAGCCUCAGCCCCAGUGCCUGCCUGUCCCCCAGUGCAGGAGAGUUCUGCAGAAAAGGACAAGAAGGAAGAGAUCAAUACAGAACUUGAUAAAACCGAAUCGUCAGAACCAAAGGGUGACCCCGAGAUGGCUCCCGUCUACCUGCAGAGGCUGCUGCCAGUUUUCACACAGUGUUACCAGAGCACCAUGCUCCCCUCAGUCAGACGAGCCAGCCUUUCCCUCAUCAAGAAGAUGAUCCACUACAUACAGAUGCCGCUCCUGGUCGAUGUCUGUGCCAUUGGGAACUUCGGCUCACAACUUGUCGAGGUCCUUGCUACAGUCUUGGAUAGUGAGGAUGACGAGGGUCAUUUGACCUCCCUGCAGAUCAUCCAGGAUCUCACCAACAAGGACAGUGAUUUGUUCCUUGAGCAUUUCGCCCGCCUUGGCGUGUUCAACAAGGUGUUCACCCUGGCGGGACCCUCAGAGGAGGACUCUGGAUGUAGGGGCAAGGAAGAAAAGGAGGAAGAGGUCUUGAUGGAAGAUGCUAAAGAGAUCUUACAGGGUCGGCCCUACCACUGGAAAGAUUGGUGCAUAGCCCGAGGCCGGGACUGUCUCUACAUCUGGAGUGAUGCUGCUGCCCUUGAGCUCUCCAAUGGCAGUAAUGGCUGGUUCCGGUUCAUUUUGGAUGGGAAGCUUGCCACGAUGUAUUCGAGUGGGAGCCCCGAGGGAGGCAGUGACAGCUCCGAAAACCGAGGUGAAUUCUUAGAAAAACUUCAGAGGGCACGUAGUCAGGUUAAAACUGGCACACCUAGUCAGCCAAUAUUGUCUCAUCUGAGCCCCACGAGGAUCGUCGUAGGCAACUGGUCAUUGAUGUGCAAGAAGGAUGGAGAACUCAUCAUCCAUAACUCUGAUGGGCAGCAGCAGGCGACAAUCCUAAGGGAGGACUUGCCUGGGUUUGUCUUUGAGUCCAAUAGAGGGACGAAGCAUACCUUUACUGCAGAGAUGUCACUUGGUGCUGAUUUUGCUCCGGGUUGGGCUGGCAAGAAGAGCAAGAAGUUGCGCUCAAAGGUUGAAGCUGUAAAGAUCAAGGUGAAGACACUUGCUCGGGAGCUGUAUGACAAGCAUUUCAAGGUAGCCCAGGCUACUCCUAGAGGUGUGGUGGCCAAACUGUGCAAUAUUGUCCACAAGAUCGAAUCGGCCAUGGAAAAACAAGUCAAACCUGCUGAGGGCAUGGAAGAAGUCAGUUGGAAAGAAGAACUUCGCUCAGCCCUCGAUGAGUUGACAGCACUCCUGAGAGAUGAACAAACGAUAUCUGCGUAUGAGCUGCAUAGUAGUGGUUUAGUCCAGGCUUUACUCAACUGUUUGAACAAUAAUAUGGACGAAUGCUUUGGUGAUGCCAAGAGGCGAGCCCAACAAAGAGUGAAUAUUUACAAAAGUGCCUUUAGGGGAAAAGAAGACGGGUCAACCACCCCUGCAGUUGCUCUUGUUAGAAAGCUGAUAGCUGUGUUAGAAUCGAUCGAAAAACUCCCUGUUUACUCAUAUGAUACCACAGGAGGUGGUUAUGGACUUCAGAUCCUGACGCGACGUUUGCGGUUCCGCCUCGACCGCGCUUCUGGUGAGACAUCGCUUAUUGAUAGGUCUCGACGCCUCCUGAAGAUGGAGCCAUUGACUACUGUUGGUGAUUUAGAGAGAUACCUUUUGAAAAUGGUUGCUAAGCAAUGGUACGACUAUGAUCGGGGUACUUAUGUGUUUGUAAAGAAGCUGAAAGAACCGAAUUCAAAGAUUUCCUUCACUCACCAGAGAGAUUUUGAUGAGAAUGGACUUCUACAUUGGAUUGGAACAAAUGCAAAGACUGCAUACGAAUGGGUAAAUCCUGGCCAGUAUGGUUUAGUUGUUGUAUCCUCCUCAGAAGGCAGGAAUCUCCCCUAUGGUCGCUUGGAAGACAUCCUCAGCCGAGACUCGUCGGCAUUGAAUUGCCAUACCAAUGAUGAUAAGAAGGCCUGGUUCUCCAUUGAUCUUGGUCUGUGGAUCCUCCCGAGUUGUUACACGCUCAGACAUGCUCGUGGUUAUGGGAGCCGCUCGGCCCUCAGGAACUGGCAGUUCCAGGUCUCCAAGGAUGGCACCAACUGGACCACGCUCUAUAACCACGUCGAUGAUUGCUCAUUAAAUGAACCUGGCUCAACAGCAUCAUGGCCCAUUGAAUUACCAGGAGAUGAGAAGCAGGGCUGGAGGCAUAUCCGUCUGCAGCAGACGGGCAAGAACGCUAGUAGUCAGACACAUUACCUGUCUUUGUCAGGAUUUGAGAUUUAUGGUACAACUACCGGAGUAUGUGAUGAUUUAGGUAAGGCAGCGAAAGAAGCUGAAGCCAACCUGCACAAACAGCGCCGUCUGCUCCGAACACAGGUGUUGAAGCAGAUGGUUCCAGGUGCUCGAGUGGUGCGCGGGAUGGACUGGAAAUGGAGGGAUCAAGAUGGACAUCCUCCAGGCGAGGGGCGGGUCACAGGUGAUCUACACAAUGGUUGGAUUGACGUAACUUGGGAUGCUGGCGGUUCCAACUCUUACAGGAUGGGUGCAGAAGGAAAGUACGACCUUCAGUUGGCCCCGUCUCACGAUCCUGAUAAACUGAAACCAUUAUUGAAGGAAGGUGCUAUGGGAGGGGUAAAGACCAAACCAAAUAAUCCACAGGCUACAGAUUCUGUCAAAAAGUCAAGCUCACUAACGAGCAGGAAGAGCAGUUCAACCCCUAGUCUAAGUGAUGUAUCUGAAUCAAAGGCGUCUGUAGCCAGCACGGAGCAGGCAGCCUCAGCUGAGAAUAUCUCUGCUACCGUUAGAGCGGCUGCAAGAAGUGUGGCAGAGAGCAUUAGUAUGAUGAAUGAAGAUGCCUCAAUCAAAGUUCAUAUUGAUACUGAGGAGAGGCUAUCGUCCGAGACCGUCCUUGUUCACCGCAGUGCCGAGGAUGCAUUCUUUGAUGGCGCUUGUGGCGAAGACUUGUCCUUGAAAUCAACUGAAUCGUUGUUGAAAGGAGCCGUUGGUGGCGUCGUAGUGAAGAGCAGUAACUCACAGAACGCGAGUAACAUGAAUGAUUCAAAGACUGAUCAGAAAAAGAUGGAUUCCCAAACGCGCACUUCGCCAACCAAUCCGAUGAGCGUGAGUGUUCCAAAUCUGCCAAGCAGUACGGACCAGACGUCAAGUUUGUUGGAAUCAUUCUCGUCAGUUCUGAGGAGGAAUCGAGGCAACAAUAACAUGACGAGGUGUAGUAAUAUGAGCAGUUUGGCGAGGUUGGCUUUGCAGGCAAAUUCUCCAAGUACAAACAGCUUACUGAGCCAAGCACAGAGUUACCCUAACUUGACAAGCAGCGGUGCGGCCGUCACGUCUAACACCUUAACCAGCUCCCAUACAAUGGGGAUGGGAAAUGCCACAUCUCACAGCCAGGCCCUUACUAUGAGCCUAGCGUCUACAUCAAGCGAGAGCGACAAUGACUUCUUGGAAAGUUGUCGUGCAACGACUUUAUUGGCGGAGCUCGAAGAUGAUGAUGAUCUGCCAGAACCAGAUGAUGAUGAUGAUGAGAACGAUGAUGAGAAUGAUGACGAUGAUGAAUAUGAUGACGGACUGGUAUGCAGCUUUCUACAAGCUCUUGGUGUGCGUGUCCUCGAUCGAAAAAGAUUAGGCACUGAUAAGAAUACUGAAGAUGAAGAAGAGUACGAUGGCUCAGGAACUCGGACACGAUCAUGGGACGAUGAAUUCGUGCUAAAACGGCAGUUCUCCGCAUUAAUCCCAGCAUUUGAUCCUCGACCUGGGCGAACCAACGUCAACCAGACACAGGAUUUCCAGAUUCCUUCCCCUGGUUCGGAUGAGAAUGCUGCUGUAAGCGAGGAAGAUGGUCCGCCUCAGCCGAGGUUGGCACUCUUCUUGAAUGGACCUGGGUUACCUGGGAUCCCAGAUACUGAGAUUUAUCUUCGAGAUGGCCAUGCUACAAUCUUCAAAUACGUCCAACAGCUUAUGAUUCAAGGUGCCAUUGGUAAUCGUGGGGAUAGAUUAAAGAGGAUAUGGGAGCCGACAUACACAAUUGUUUACAAGGAGCUGAGGGCUGAUGAUAAGCAGAUUUUGGAGAGUGAACAAAAUGGGGGACGCUGGGCUGUCUCAUUUGUGGAGCGCCACCUGGGCACAGAUCAGUUACCUAAAUCUGAUGUCAUUGACUAUUUGCGCCAGAAUGCCGAUGAGUCUUUCCUACGGCGCUGGAAACUCACGGGCACAAGCAAAAACAUCAGAAAGAAUCGGAACUGUCUGCAGCUAGUCGCAGCGUACAAGGAAUUUGUGAAGACUCUGCCGCUGUCACGUCAGGCAGGUGACGCACGUGAACGGUUACUUAGUGAAUCGGAUGCUCCGGUUGCCAUGGAGAUUAGUUGUAACGUGGAAGAUGUCCUGCAGCUGCUUCAGAUACUCUAUGCAAUAUCAAUGGAUCCUGGAAAUGGACAACUUGAACUUGAAACACCCCAGUUCAAUAUUCCUCCCGAGGAGUUCACAAGUAAGAAGAUCACCAACAAGCUUGCCCAGCAGAUCCAAGACCCAUUGGUGCUCUCCAGUAAUGCCUUACCUGACUGGUGCGAGCGGCUCACCAAGUGGUGUCCCAUGCUGUUCCCAUUCGAUACCAGGCAACUCUACUUCUCCUGUACAGCCUUUGGUGCUUCUAGGGCAAUUGUUUGGCUCCAGAACAAGCGUGAUGCAGUGUUGGAUAGGAACCGUGGCCCGACACCAAGGAGAGAUGAUAGCAGUGAGUUCCGUGUCGGACGUUUAAAACAUGAGAGAGUCACGGUUCCCAGAGGGGAUAGUCUGCUGGAUUGGGCCAUUCAGGUCAUGAAGCAGCAUGCAGAGAGGAAAGCCAUAUUGGAGAUUGAGUUCCAGAAUGAGGAGGGAACUGGAUUAGGUCCAACACUUGAGUUCUUCGCAUUGGUUGCUGCUGAGUUCCAGAGGAAGCAACUCAGUAUCUGGCUCUCAGAUGAUGAGGUCCACGAUGACCUUGAGAGAGAGGUCGACAUAGGUCAUGGGGUCAAACCACCAGGAUACUACGUCCAGAGGUCAUGUGGCUUGUUCCCUGCCCCUUUGCCGCAAGAUGGCACAGACAUUGAACAUGCAGAACGUCUCUUUCACACAUUGGGAGCGUUCUUAGCGAAAAGUAUACAAGACAGUCGUCUAGUUGAUAUUCCAUUGUCAAGGCCCUUCCUAAAGAUGAUGUGUCGUGGGGAGGUGGGGAGUCAUAUCACGCAACAAUUCAUCGAGUUAACCACUCGGGAUGAAGACGUCAAAGAUGAACCAGUGGAGACAGACAGAGACAUUCACAGCAUCCAGCGGUCGCACUCUGUCACCAUCCCGCCUUGGUACUCAGGUGUACUCUGUUUUGAGGACUUUGAACAGAUCAAUCCACACCGUGCUAAGUUUUUACGUCAGUUAAAGGAGCUAGCUAAUAGGAAAAGUGCAAUUCUUAGUGACCAGUCAUUGUCGGAUAAAGAGCGGAGGAAUCUCGUUGAGAAUCUGACACUUGAGAUGGCUGGUGGGGGACAGAUUCACCUAGAGGACCUAGGGCUUGUGUUCCAAUAUAAUCCACCAUCGAAGGUGUUUGGUUUUGAUGCGAUUGAUCUCAAACCGAAUGGGGCGGACCAUGAUGUGACCCUUGCUAAUGUAGAGGAGUACGUUGAGCUGAGUCUGGCGCUCUCUCUCAAUACUGGCAUUCGACGGCAGAUGGACGCAUUUAGAGCUGGCUUUGACCUUGUGUUCACCAUAGAGAAACUGUAUUCCUUCAGUCCAGGUGAGGUGCAGACCAUGAUCUGUGGUGACCAAGCCCCUGCAUGGACAAGGGAGGAUGUGUUGAAUUACACUGAGCCAAAGCUUGGUUACACAAAGGAGAGUGCUGGGUUCCAGCGAUUUGUCAAUGUCCUCACUGCGAUGAAUGGAGACGAAAGAAAAUCAUUCCUUCAGUUCACAACAGGUUGUUCAUCACUGCCACCAGGUGGCCUCGCUAACCUCUACCCACGUCUAACGAUUGUGAGAAAGGUUGAUGGUAAUGAUGGGAGUUUUCCAUCUGUCAACACGUGCGUCCAUUAUCUUAAACUUCCCGAGUACUCAACUGAGGACAUCACACGUGAGAGACUAUUGGCUGCCACGAGGGAGAAGGGAUUCCAUCUAAACUGAGUGUGUGAAUGUUAGGUUUUUUUAGCUCCCUGACAAUACCUUAUUCGAGUGGACAUUACAACUUGCUUUUGUUGACCUCUCUUGCUUGGAAAGAGGACAAAGUAUGCACUUCAGGCAGUUGCCCUGAUGAUAUUCUGUGUGCUUUAUUGACAAACUUGUAGCGUGGUUGAUUUCAUGUCAAGGUCACAUGUGGGAAAUGAUUGUCACUGAUACGUCUAUGACAUGAAUUAGGAGUUCAGUCUCUCCUUCAUUAAAACUUAUAUUAAGGGUCGAUGAAUGGUUACCUACCUUGCAAUUUCUUGGAUAGUUUUGAAAGUGCACGUUUUUCAAGUAGUUCUACUGAGUGGUGUUUAUUUGUUGCCUAUUAUGGUCUUGAGGACCUAGGAUAUAGAUUGCUGUUGGUCAUCAUUCAUAAUCGUUGCUAGCUUAUGUACAUUUUCUUCAUGCACAGAGUAGGCAUCGCAAUCACAAAUAGAUAUCUCUAAUGAGGCUUAUCGCUGCCAGGUGGUAUCAUAUGACUCAUCCAGGUAGCCUACUCAAUAGCUCAUAUUGUCCUUAAAGAUUUUUCAUGCACCAUUCAUACUUUAAGCAAGCUUUUCCCAUCAAAUAAUAUCAAGUACCACCACAUGUAUGUAUGAUUUAUAUGUCUUCCUCUUUUAGCCAACAACUACAGUACAAUAUUUAUGUUGACUUUAACUUGCCUUUUGUGUUGCUUUGAAAUACAUGUACAUGUAUUAUGCCCUGUGAAGAGGCUUUAACAUCCAGAAAUCAUGAAACAACUGGCACACAUGCUAGUAUGCCAGUUCAAAUGCAAGCAGCUCUGUCACCAUGUGUGUCAGAUGCUCCAGGCUGGGUAGUGUCUUUGCGGUUUCCUCAGAAAGUUUAAAUAACCCUUGUUUUGUAAGUUUGUUUGAAAGACUUUAUUUGAGCUUUAAAUGACGACUCCAGAUUAACUUCUGAAAGUAGUAAUUUCAAUCUUUCUUUUUCUCAACGUCCUUCGUCCAUUUUUGUGAGAACACAACACAGAUCCUGAAAUAUUUCAUCAAAACUUGGAUGAAUUAUUGAAGUUAAUUGAUGUGUUUCAUACUAUAUCCAUGGUUACAAUAGCUAAAUAUUUGGUGUAUAAGUGUGUUUUAUUAACACUGUGUUCUAGGUGUUUUUUCCAAUAACCAGCUUUCCAUUUCCUGAUAAUUUCUUCGGCGAGAAGAAUAUUUAUUAAUUUGCAUUGAAAUAAGAAACCUGAUUAUUGGUAAAUAUUUAAAUAAUUGGUUGUCAUCAUCAAUGUUUUCUUUGAUUUCGUUCCUUAAUGAGGAUUACUUAUUAAGAUAUAAUGAUAUGACGAUGCUGUCGUUAGAAUUAUGAUUUUACGUUAGUUUAUUCAGUUGGCUUUUCUAUGGACUACUGUGUCUCGUAUCAUAUGGCAGCCUGAUUUAUGUGCCAAGAAUUCAUAAUUGAUGUAUGUAGACUGCUGUAUCACCUUUGUAUCACCUCCAUUAAAAUGAAGCUGUGGGAGAAAUCUCAAAGAGUGCACAUAUCUAUCUACAUUGUAGGCAGUUAGCAUUGAAAUUCAAACUAGUACAUAGAUUAUCCACCAGUUGAAAAUCCAUUCUUUAACUACAGUACUGCCUAAUUCUAGGCACUGAUAGAAGAUCAUGUGCAAUUCCUUGAGCGAAAUAGGCAGGAUACUGAGGCCAUAACGCCAGUACUCCACCUCAGUUUCUCUCUCUCCCAUUGUUUUCUAAGAUUAAAGACAUGAAUAUACAUGUAGUUAUAAUAACGCUAGUUAAAAAUUAUUGCUUUUUGCUGCUUUAGCAAGUUUUGUUGUUACCAGCAUUCUGUUAGGGCACAUCUGCUUGCAGGACUUUCUUGCUAAAAAACAUGUUAAACUCAUGAAGUAUUUUCUUUACCGGUACUCAUUAUAUCAAGUCAGGGAAGUCGGUGGUCAGUUAGAGGGUCGAGGUCAUAAUCAGGAGGUUGUAGGUUCGACUCUUUGAAGGAUAAACAGUGUUUCAUCUCUGUGUCCUUGGGCAAGACACCUUACCCUACAUUGUUUCCUUCGACCCAGGAGUAUAAAUGGGUACCAGACUACUGGUCUGCAAUUUUUUCGGUUAUGCCAGAUAAUAGUUCUGUCUAUAAAUAGGUUCAAAUUAUGGCUAUCAUGUAGUUCAUGAAGAUAAUGUGUGAAUCCUGUGAUGGUAUACCAUGGUCUAGGGCAUAGCAAAAGACAGAAGUUCCCGAUAUACAUGUAAGUUUGGAAAUCAUAAUUGUUCUUCCAGUAGAGUCAAAGUCUCUUUGAUGGAGUGCUUUAAUUGUCUGCAGGUUUGAAUUGCAACUAGGUUGCAAUAUUUUUCAAAAGUUUGGGAAAAAAGGUCAAGAAGUCCUGUAUCCAUUAAAAAGAGCCUUUCAUUUCCACUCUGAUGGUAAAAAUACACUAUGAGAACGUAAGAAAUUUUUUAUCAAAACUAGAAAACAAGUCCUAGAAACAAGGUCGUUUCUUCAAAGGGUCAUUGAUGAAGGAAAUACAUCAAAAAGUUUCUCAUUUGCUUGUGUGUGUUGUACAAAAUUGUGUAUGAGAUAGAGAAAAUUUGGUGAUAUACUUCAUGGAUGACCACUUUGCCAUCUCAUCUGGUUAUUUUGAAGGGUGUUGAGUCGAAUGAUAAAGUGAAAGCAGCCUCGUCCUUGAUCAUGGUAUGUAUAGUCUGAAACUUUGUAAUGAUGAUCUUUGUGAUGUAUGAAUAAAUGACAUGUAUAAGAUGAA